CCCCGGAAUCUAGUUCCGCGGAAUUCUUCUUUGCAGCCGCUCAGUACUGCAUCCGUCGGAUCACGGUGGUUUCAUCGCAUUCCGUGCCAACUGCGCUUCUGAGACUGCGAUGCGAUCUUGACCGGGUAGUGAUGAGUGAAAAGAUCAAGCUAUUUAUCUAUGUAUUUACACUUCUCUUUCGGCUUCAUACAACAAUCGAUUUAUCUGGCCUUUAUUUAAUUAGCUCCGCCAACUCAAUGAAGCUUUCUUUAUCGAAGUAACGAACAUGUCGACGCCUAACGUGAUCAUCGUUGGCGGAGGUGCUGCUGCCAUUGCCAUGGCGCACACCCUGAAGCACAAACUUGGUUUCAAUAACUUUGAGAUCUUUGAGAAGCGCGAAGGACUUGGAGGUACUUGGAGGAUCAACACCUAUCCAGGAUGUGGCUCUGAUGUUCCCAUUCAUUUGUACUCUUUCAGCUUCAAUCUUAAUCCGGAUUGGACCCAGGCACUAGCCGAUCAAGAAGAGAUUCUUCGAUACAUUGAGAAUACAGUGGAUAAGUUCAAUCUCCGUCGCCACUUUCGCUUCAAGAUAGAGUGUAUUGGAGCUGAGUGGGUAGAUGGGACAUGGCGUGUUUAUUUCCUUGAUACAUACACUGGAAAAAAAUUCACUAAAGAAUGCACUAUCCUUCUAUCGGCCGUGGGAGGGUUUUCUAUUCCCCGGCCAGCCAAAUUCGCCGGAAUGGAGAAGUACAUGGGCAAGAUAUUCCAUACAGCUGACUGGGACCAUACAUUCGACUGGAGAAAUACGAACGUUGCAGUCAUUGGGAACGGUUGCAGUGCCGCCCAAGUUGUGCCCUCUAUUGCACCAGGAGCAAAGAAGCUGGUCCAGUAUGCUCGCAGCCCGCAAUGGUACCAUCCUCGGCCCAACAAGGUGUUCACUACUUUUGAUAAGUUCUGCUUUCGCUAUCUGCCACUUUAUCAGCGCUAUCAUAGACUUGAUCUCUUCCUCCAAACCGACGAACUCGCUUCUGUGUACGGUUCCGAGGAUAAACAGGUCGAGAAGCGUCUAGCAACAGAGGCAGAAGCAAGAAGUUACAUUCUCUCAGAGGCACCGAAGAAGUACCACCACUUUAUCGUUCCCGACUUUCCUCUGGGAUGCAAGCGACGCAUUUACGAUCCUGGCUACCUGGCUUGUCUGCAUCGCGAUAACGUCGAGUUGCUCCCCGAAGGUAUUCAGGAGUUUACAGAAACUGGCCUUCUUAGCGAGACGGGGAAGUCUGAAGACUUUGAUGCUGUCAUUCUGGCCACGGGCUUCGACGUUCAGUCAUUCCUUGCUCCUAUGAAGAUCACGGGCAAGACUGGAGAAGAGCUUCAGAACCAGUGGUCUAACCGACGAGGUGCUCAAGCGUAUAUGGGAACCUUCGUGCACAACAACCCAAACUUUGCCAUAUUAUUUGGACCAAACACAUUCCCAGCGUUCAACUCAGUCAUCUACGCGAUCGAAGUGCAGGUCGCCUACAUCACUUCCGUGCUAGUCAAGCCAGUCAUCGAUGGGUACACCGAUGUCAUUGAGGUCAAGCAAGAUGCUGAAGAGGGCUUUAUAGAGAAUCUCGACCGUGUACUCGGCGAGACCGUAUUCUCUGCAGGAUGCAGUAACUGGUAUAUCAACAAGGCUGGACGAAACUCAGCCGCUUGGCCAGGUAUGGCAUCGACAUUCUGGAAGGCUACUUUCUUUCCCAAAUGGAGCCACUUUCUCAUGUCUGGAGGCUCUCCAUUAUGGAUGGUUCGCAAAACCUGGAGAAACUUGAGGAAUACCUCGCCACUUAGCUGGUUGGCUGUAACUGCUGUAACUGGGUUCGCUAUGUCGCAGGGGCUAUUGACAAUUCCUAGCCCGGUUGAAAAUCUCUUCUGUUACUUGAGGGCAUGA